UUGUUCCUUGCAAGACAGAUAAAAACAAUCAGUCCAGUUGUUUGCACAGUCCACAAGAGGGUCAAGAGGAAUAUUUGAUAGGAGUUGUCAGAUUUGCCCAGUGAUGUAAUGUUAGGGGCCACAUUUACAGUGGGAUCCAACACAUAUGGAUCUGGGAUAUGUUGGAGUAUAGAAAUUGUCAGAUCACUGGAUUUUCAUUGAAAAAUGCUUUUUUUUAUAUUGAAACAUUUGACUCACAAAACAAAAAGAAAAGUACUAUGUAGAACUCAGAUUAUAUGUUUACAAUAUUUUAUAUACGUUAUUUUGCAACAAAUGUAUUAAUUUUAAUGUAUUAAUCAUUUUUAUGUUCAUCUUCAUCAAUAGGCUGCUUGUGUGACAUGAAGUCAUCAGUCAACCCCUCGCCCCGACUGAGGAGAUUUUUAUAGCUUUCUCUCGCAGCCUCCUUAAAAGUAAAACAUCAACUGCUUCUAUGUCAUUUUCCUCCACCACAUGACACGUGUUAAGUGCAAUCACAGCAUUAUGUCAUAUGGUCUGUAAUGUCAAAAGUUUCCCAUUGUUCUUCAUUGCCAUAUGCAGUUAACACAUCUUGGAUAAACUUAUCACUCAUCAGCUGACAAUUUUCAUCUUUGUUUCUGAAUAACCAGUCAUUUACAUAGUAACAGACAUGUGUUGCAGCAUCAUUUGAACAGAUAUUUUCAGUUUUGUCUUGGAGCUGCAUGAUUUUCUCAUUGUUAAUAGGUUGUCAAUAAGUUUACGUUCUUUAAAACAUUUUUUGUGCGUGUUUGAUACAGUAGUAAAGAAAGAUAUGGCCAUAGUUUAUCCCUCACACAUUCCACAAUUUAGUCGAAAUACUUCCCCAAGCCCAAGCAAGGUUGUAAACAUCAUCUUUAACAUUUAUUUCUCUUAAUGAUUCAAUAACACUUUCCACUUUACUAAUUACUCUAUACUGCAAGCUUUUUUUAAACCUUAACAGUUUGGAUAAUAUUCUGAUCCAUAGUGGAUGUCCGGGGCAGUUAUCCAGUACCAACAACGCUUUGACACACAUUUUGCUUCUUGAGGAGCUCUUUGAUCGAUGGUAUGAACUCCACGUGAAACCACUCACUGAACAAUUCCCAUGCCAUCCAAGCCCUGUUUUGGUGUUUAUAUUUGAAUGCUAGAUGUUUUAAGUUUUUGAACGCCCUGGGAGUUUUUGAUUUUCCUAUGACAAGCAGUUCAAGUUUGUAUGUUCCACUAGCAUUAGAGCAUGGCUGUAUCUUUAUUUUUCUGCCAGGAGCACUUGCCUCUGCUUUGUGCCUGGAUGUUUUGUUGGACAAAUGUUUCCAGAACAAUUUGCUUUUGUCAGCAUUAUAAAUCUGACUAGGACAAAGACUUAACUCUUUUUCAUAUUGUGGUUAGCGAGCAUAUACCAAAUCUUGUUUAAACUCACCAAGCCAUCUAGUACUUGUAUGGAAAUAGUCUUUUUUUCAUAAUUUCUUUAUAGAAAAAUUUCCCUUUUCUUUGAUAAGAUCUCCUGAAUUUUGAGUGUGUUUACUACGUUCAUGAAGAAAUCAUGUGUGCAAAGCUUCUUCAAUUAUCAACUGGUACUCACCAGUUUUUAUCACUUCCCUUCCACUGCUUUUGCUGUUCAAAUUGUGCACAAACACCUCAGUUUUAUUGAGAUUCUUUUUAAUGUCAUAAAGGGUAGUACACCCAACGCCAUAGAAUGUAGCUGAAUUGUAAAUUUUUUCUCCUGUGUUUAAUUUUUUAAUAAUUUCGGGUCAACCAAAGUCAAUGUCUUGUUUACUUUUUUCACUACCUGCUUGAGACACAUUGAAUGAAAGAUAUGAAACAUUCACUAACACUGCCGAAGCAAGUUAAGAGGGCACUAAUUUGAUUGCACAAUGUAUGCAAUAAUCAAAAAUUGGAGGCCGACUAUGUAUUUUUACUAAACUGUUCAAUUGAAGGGGUCCCACCCAUCCACAUCACAUGAUCGCGGCAUGUUGUCGGAUUAUUGAACGUGUUGGACUGGCAAAGUGUCAAAUUAUAGAAACUAUACUGUAUUGAAUUUUAUUGUUUUUUGAUAAAGCCAACUACUGUGUAAGCAAAGAAACUUGGUUGUGGUGACAGAUUGAUCUACAGCUUUUCCCGAGGUGUAGGUUAGGUUGGAAUGUGAUAGUUUAGUUGUGAGUUGGCGAAGCUAACAAAUCUGUAACUAACAAGAGCCUGGGUUUGGUGACACUGAUCUGUAAGCUGUUUGAAAAAAUUGCCACCGAUAACACAUUAUAGUUGCAAUUUUGUAUAAGCCGUUUGUCGCAUUUUUUCCUACAUCACUAGUCAAAGCCAAUAACUCGUAUUGAAUGUUCUUUAUCCCUACAAUUUCUCCUACAUCACUGGUCAAAGCUGACGACUCAUUGAAUAUCUCUCUUUCUUCCCACAGGAAUGUGUCACAUUUAUUAAGUGGUGGUGAUGCAGCCAACCACAUAAAAUGCUGUAUCCUGUUUAAGUGGCAGUUCUGUAAAUUGUUGCAAUGUUUCCAGAAAUUAAAAAGUGAUUGUCUAUACUGGCCCUGUCCCUGUCAUCACUGACCGCGUAGCUGGAGGCUUUCAGUAUCAUGCUUGCAUCUCAGCAGUUUUGUGUGAAGUGGAAUAGUUAUACCACUAACUUGCAAAAUGUGUUCCCACGACUUCUUUCCUCGGAACACUUUGUCGACCUCACUCUUGCGUGUGAAGGUCGGAUGAUAAAGUGUCACAAAGUCGUGCUGUCAGCAUGCAGCACAUAUUUCGAAAAGAUGCUUGUGAACAAUCCGUGUCAACAUCCAAUCAUAUUCAUGAAGGACAUGAAACACUGGGAGGUGCAGGCACUUGUUGAUUUUAUGUACAAGGGGGAGGUGAAUGUGAGUCAGGAUGAAUUGAAUUCACUAUUGGAGGCAGCCGAAGCAUUGCAGAUACGGGGGCUGUGUGGGUCUGAUCAGUCAACUUCAACAGCAGCAGCUGUGCCUCGUUCCAAUCCUCCCCAGGAUUCUGGGUCUGUGUCAACUGCAACACCAAGUGACCGGGACUCACCACCAGCAAAGAGGCCUCGUAGGUCGGCGGAUGAGGACGACAGUGGAGGAACUGGUCCAGUGCUAGACAGUGGACUGACAGAGAGAGAAAGGAGUAGCAAUGGUGCAGCUGCGUGUGAGAAGAAGGACAUAAAACAAGACAUAAAGCAAGAGCCAGACACGGAUGAUAACUUUGGAGAAACAGAAGUUGAUGAUGAGAGACAAGAUGAUCAUUAUGCCAAUCAUGAACCUCAGGAUGAUUCGGACAGCAAAGACCCUCCACCAUCUCCUCUGGAUGUACCUGGUCCAUCAGGACAGUCUAUCAUUUCUUCUCACCAUGCGGUCAACAGUGAAAAAUCAACAACAGAUCUGGGUUCAGCACUAGCACUGCAGAAUGUAAUGUGUGUCCUGAAGCCACAGCAACAGGCUCAAAUGCAGCAAUCUAUGCCACAGUUUGCAGCCAUAUUGCCAGCACCCAGUGGGAACAGCAGUCUCAGCAACAGUGCUGACAGUAAGGAUAUUAGUCAUAUUUCAGCUGCAUUACAGCAUUCUACUCCCACAGUGCGAGUUCGCCGUUCAGAAGAAGAACUACAAAAGGCAGCGGAGUGUGUGCAGAAAGGGAUGACCUUCCAGAAUGUUUCAGACAUAUUUAAUAUUCCAAUCUCGACAAUACGUUUCUACAUGGCACGGCGAGGCAUACUUCCACAGAGACGGCGGGGCCGUGUUUCAAAUUCUGGAGCUACGCCAGUUGCCUCGGCACAUGCACAGCCACCUUCAUACAUGCUAUUGCACUACAAAUUGCCUGAUAUGGGCCAAGGUCAACAGCAGUUGCCGGCUCCUGGCCAGGUCCAUAUUCAGCAGCAACAGCAACAACAACAGCAGCAGCAACAGACAUCUGGAACUGUCACUGUGCCAACAACUGCCUCUGUUGGAUGGAAGACUUCAGAUAAUUGAACCAGAGCACUAUAUUGGUAUGGGCUGGUGAGUCUCACCUGACUUGUAGACAGCCUGACAGCAGACAUGCAAUGAUAUUUAGUUCCCUGUUCAUUUUCAGACUUCAUGCCAUUUGUGACUCAGACAUUGUGUUUUACCACUUAAAAACUGAGAUGUAAGUUCUAUUAUAAGCAGCUGUUCACAUAAUUUCUACUUUUUAGAACCAUAUAAGUUAACAGAAUAUUUCUCGAGUUUUGUUUUUGAGUAUGAGGAGAUAUGUUUAAAAUUGAAGAACUGGAGCAUCAUUUUGAGUAGGUUAUACACUUCAUGCUGUACUGUAAAUAAUAUCACAAGAGACAAAAACAUUGUAGGUUAGUGAAAGAAAUAUUUUAAUGCAGUUUGGAAGAAUUUUUGCUGGCAUAUUCCUGCAUUUUAAUGAACUUAACUGGAAAGGAGGGUAGAUAGGACAGAAUUUUUUAAAUUUUUUCCUCUCUUUGCUGUAUCAUGCUGUAAAUUGUGUUGCGCAUAGAAAAUAUAUUUAUUAGUUUUCUUUUUUCUUUUUUUUUUUUCUUGCAGAGUUUUUCUCUGAAUAUGUCACCUUAACUGUGCAUGCAUUUUUGCUACUGUAUUUGUGUGAUGUGAAUCUCGUUUGUAACUUUACUCUUUUUUUUAUUGCUGAUCUGAAAUAUAAUUAAUGGAGACAUUAAGCAGUAGUCUGUAGAUUAAUGUUGUUAAUGCUGUUUCGUAUUUUCUCAGUUAUCUUGUAACAGUUAAACAUUUUAGUUGUUACAAAUUUGUUUCAUGUGUCAGUGGCAAAUGGGCACAAAGUACAUUUGUGAAUGUCUAGAUGAGAAUAUAAUAUUGAAUGAAAGAUAGCCAUGACCAGUCAUGAAGUCGAAGUAAUUUGGUGGCUGUUGGUAGACAAAUAUCACAACUGUGAGUAUCCAUAGUGGUUUAUGGCUAAACAGUUACAUACUAACCAUGAAUAUUUACAAAUUUCUGUUUUAAAGAAUUGAUGGACUGUCUUCUGAAUUUUUGUGUUUUUAAAACAGUAUUUUCUGUGCAACUGAGAGGUCUACUUGUUCUCUAUAGCGUAUUCUUCAUCGUACAUUUAAUGUAUUUGGUUAUUAAAUGACUUAGCACAAAUAUGUUAAUCGUGGCUUCUUGCCGAUGGAGGCUUUUUGCUCACCAUUAAUGAUGACAGUGCAGUACUUAACUGAUAAUUUUUCUAAGUAUUGAAUGGUCAUGGCUUUCUGCUGUACCAUAUUUAUUGUGUGAGGCAUAUUUGUAUGGAAGGUAAUAAAUGUUUUCAUAUAUGAACUAUUUUUAUUAGAGUUCUGCACAUUGUUGGAGUAGCCUGAAGAGUAUUGUGCAAACAUGUCAGAACAGCAUACACCAAAUGAUAUUACAUGUACAUACUGUUGUCCUGUACCAGAGCACCAUUCUUUGGUAUGUUGAUGUCAGCUUGCAAUUUUCAGUGGUUGCAAUAUAACACUACUCGCAUGCUUCUGUUCCUGGAACAAGUGUCUACUUAUAAUAGGGAAGUUAUAAGUAGUUGUUGGCCUUUGACAAGAAAUUGUGUUAGAUGUUAAGUAACUGUAGAGGCAAUAAGUGUUUAUUUUGGUUUGUUUUGAAAUGUUUAAAGGGGUACACGUAGCUGCAGCAUUGUUGGCAUUACCUGUAACAUUCUGUUGGGUGGUCAACCAGUAUAAUAUUUAUAAAAGUUUAAAAUUAUUUGUCUGAUAGUCCAGUAGGCAACCUUGAAAAUGCAGUAAUUAUUUCAAGACACUUUGUGUUACACCUAGUUUAAAAAAAGUUUUGGACAAUUGGUACUUUUAAUGUCUCUUGUAUCUUUGGAGUUACAGCAACAUAUUGAAGUUGAAAUUGAAAAAUGUUUUGCAACAUAGUAUGAGUGAAGUGUGGGUUGACUCUUCAAAGGAAGAAGAAAAUAAUGAUGAACUGAAAAUUUUCAAUUUGCAGUAUUAAUCGUGUUCUGAAACUAGAGGCUUUUGUUUGUUACAUUGCUUUUUUUGUUGUUAUGCUUUAUCUUAUCACUGUUGAAUACCCACAGAGAAAACUGCAGGCCACUGGAUUUUUGAAGAUGGCAAUUAAUUUAAGGAUGGAAAUGGCUAACAACUCAGAGAAGUAGUAUGCCGUUGACAGUUGUUUCAGUUUUGUGAUGGUGAUUAGUCGGUAAAUGCUUUUCAGAGAAAUCAAUGAACUCAGUAUUCAAUUGUAACAUAUUCAAAAUGAAUUGUUGUGUAGUCAGCAACCAAUAUUUGUUGCAGAAUGUGUCUUGUGUGGCAUUUGUAAGUGAAACUGUAUAUGUGAAACUAGUAUUAACUCUUAAGUAGAAACAUAGAUAAUAUUUUCAGUAUUUGUUUUAUUGCUUGCUGGACAGUUUUUACUAGCCUGUUAAAAUGUCAUAAGCAACUGAACUGUGUGUUGUCUUUGGUCUGUUGACAGAGAAAGGUUGAUUUUAUACAAACAGCUUGAAGUGUUCUGUUCGAGUGGUAUUGUGUAAUUAUAUAUAGACUUAUGAUUCACUGUUAUAACAAGUGGAUUGUCAAAUACCUCAUACUGAAAAAAAGUGUUUAUCUUUUUUAUAGAAUGAAACUAGUUAUUCAGUAUUUAUCAAAGUCAUUAGUAUCUGAUAAAAUUUACUGAACGUCAAACAUGAAAUCUUAAAAAAAAAAAAAUGCCUAAAGGUAGGGAAAAAGCCCUAGAAAGCAAAAUGAUAGCUGGGGUAGGGUUGGCUAAAUGUGCAGAAGUAAAUAAUUAAUAUUGAACUUCUGAAAUGGAAUCUUCCACAUUUGAGUCGUAAUAACUUCUUCUUAAAUAACAGAAAGGAGGAAAAUAUAGCAGAGAUAUUUCAGAAAAUGAUUAGUUGAAUGUAUUUAAAAUAAAAGUUUUAAAGGAUUCCGCUGAUAGCAAUUAAAAUUUGAAAUAAAGCUGAGACCUAAACCAGUCUAUAAUAGCAUGUAUAGGGAUGUGGUAAUUGGAUGCUGCUCACAUUCUAGAACUCAGUGUGACAAGCUCAUCUUUUACUGUGCAUGAUAAACUACUCGAACUUAUCUCAAAUUUUAAUGUUCUGUGCUCCCCUCUCCCAACUGUACAAACUUUUCUCACAUUAAAAAAAGUGCAGAUACUGUCUUGUGCUUGUUUUCUUUCUUUAUCUUAUUCUGAUUGUGAAGAAAAAACAUUUUUUAUGAAAAAAUCUGAAAUUAAACAAUUCUUUUUUUCUGUAUUUGACAGCACAUGUGGGGGAGGGGAGGUUAUUUAUUGUCAAACUUGCCUCAGGUAUCAGACAUUGAAUAGGGCUGUUUUUGCUUUAUAUUUCUGAGGAUUGCUGCUUCAGUGAUUCUUUACUGUGAUGUACUGUACUGUAACAUAAUGUGUUACAGGCUAUCUGACAUACUAGUACAAAGUUUGAACUAUUGUUAUGACCAGGUAUCAGUGAUUGCUUGUAAAAACAGGUUAGGGGCAUAAGUGAAAAAGAUGUUAAUAUUGAUGGUUUAUUUUGUCUGCUACUGUGCAGUUUGUAUCAGAGAUUUACUAGCAUAUGUUAGUGCCUCAGAGAUGUAUGCCAUUCAGUAUGUUUGUGCUUGUUGACUAUUUAUUGUGUAUGGGAUUAAUCUAAAGUGAUUGUUUUAUAUCUGUUUGAGGUUGACUAUAGGUCUUCAUUGUGCAAGGCUAAUUUACAGUUGUCAGACUUCCAGACCUACAUAUAAGCCUGGUUUGGAGAACACUUAAUGGGUUAUAACAUUAAUGUUUUAUUACCUCUUGCCUUAGUGAUUAACUUCUGGUUAACUCAACUGUUCCUGUCAUAAUCGGUCUUUGACAAGUUCAUGAAGAUAAUUGGCCAUUGACAAGUUCAUGAAGUACCACAUUUCUGAUAUUUGCUGCCCAGAUAAUAUUGAAUAUGUAUAGCCAAUACAUGCCAAUUACAUCAUUAAUUUCAGUUUGUCUCUCUGACAGUAAUAAUUCUUUUUUUCAUAUUUCAAGGAUAAGGACUAGAGAGAGUAUCAAUAUUUCAAAUCUGAUUUUCUGAAUAAUUCUGCUGCUGCAUAUAAUCCAUUCAUUUGCUGAUAAUUCAGUUACAAUAUUCAGUCAUUAUCAAAGAUUCAAUAGCAAUAGCAAUAUGAAUGUAUUAGGGGUGAGGAAUGAAGCUUAUGAGGACUAUCAUGAUCUAACAAUCUUCUUGCCCUUUUGGAAAUGCACACAAUGUUACUUCUUUUUUUCUGAAAGAUUUACAAAUAAAUUACACACGAGGAACUUCUCUAAACUGUCAUCACUUAUCAGUAGCCUGACUGGAAAUGACAGAAGUCAGCAGAGUAUGUCGGCCAACUUUGUAAUAUAAAUGAAACACUAUAAAAUUGUAUCUGUCCUCUUGUAAUUAAACAGGAACAAUUUUCCCACUUUUCAAUGUACUUAGUACUCCACUAAAAUUAGAGUUUGAAAUAAAAUGAAACUGAUAAACCUCAAAGUGCAUUGUUAGUAAGCGGUUGUUCCAAACCAGCUUGAAAUUACAUGUGGUGUAUUGGGUCACACUUUGCUCUCUGUUUCCCCUGGUAGUUAUCUUGCUUAUAUUGUUCAGUGUCAGCGGAGCUUCUUCUCAAUAUGGUGACACAUACAGCUGUGACACAGUAAAAUUACCAGCAUCUGUCUCAGUUUUUGGUAUUUCAUGUGAAGCAUGUAGAGUCAUUCCAGCUCAUACAGUGAAAACAUAAUAUAUGAAUAUAUUUGAAUAUCUUUUAGCUGUCAAGUAACAUUAUAGCCUCUAUAAAAUCAAGUAUACUGUAGUAGGGUAAAUAAAACUACAUAAUGGUACUGGUAUAUAAGCAGACCAUAAAUCUGUUUUCCUCAUAUACUUCUUUUAAUAAAAUUAGCACCAAAGCACUGCAUUGCAAAAAUUAAAAACAGUAAAUUUGAAAACAAAAAUAACAGUAUGAUUUGUGCUGCUACCACUGCAGCAAGAACAUUGCUUUAAGGAAAGUUUAUUCCCUUUGUUUGAAGGCGAAAUGUCAGAAUGAAACAUUUUUGGCUCUAUUGCAUACCUAGUGAAUGUCCCAUCUUUUGUGGGAUCUGUACAUGUCUCACAUGAAUAGUUAGCAAAAAAUGUAUAUCUGGCAGCAUGAAUUGAGUCAGCAGUUAACAAGGUGCAGUUGAAUAGCAGACUAAUAAACUAAACAUCUGCCCUUAUCCUGUGGUAUUAAGUGAAUUAUAUCAGAUUAUUACUAGCAAAUCAUUGGUACAUGUUUAUGUAACAAAAUGUCUGUUACUGCAGUUAAACAGCAGCUUAUUUCUAGUCCUUUGCAGUAAAGUUUUUCCAUACUCAGGAGUAAUUCAAAAGACAAUCAGAUUUCACAUCUUUAAUGACACUCACUUCACUACAGCAUUGGUAAUAAUAUAGCGUAUUUUGUUCAGUUUGCUGUUUGUUGGGAAAAAUCUCUAUUUUAUCAAACAAUAUGUUGUUGUAUUUCAAAACGUGUCAAUAUUUUCUUGAGUUAUUGUCAGAUGCAAGAAUGUGUGUGUAUGAGGUAUGCAUAGGUAGUCUUAAUUCGUAUAAAGCUGUAGAAAACAUAUAUGCCAAAAUAUUUAGUAAUACAUUUUCAUGAAUUCAAAUGUAAUUUUGAAUGAUGGAGAAAAAGAUAAGAAACUGGAUGAAGUAUUUUUGUAUUGGUUGCAUGUGACACAUUUCAUCGUACUGCAACACAGUUGAAAUAUUGGAAGAUGUUUAUGCAAAUUUUAGCCAUAUUGUUCAGCCAGCUAUGCUUUUCAAUGGCUCAUUAUUUUAUACAAUGUAGCAUAUGGUGCCUGUUGUAUUGUGACACUACUGGAGAUUUUUGCUGGGGUAACAGAUUUUUUUGUGAACAGGAUUCACAUUUCAUGAUUCAGGGCCCCUGGUGCCUUAUCAAUCUUUGUUUACAGGUACUCUUGCAGCACAAUACCAUUUGCAAAGACUGUUAAAUGGUACUUUUAUAAAGCAAAUUGGUAAUAUAAAUUGCAAUAUAAAUAUCUUCAUCAUUCUUUACUGUGAUAAAAAGUUACUUUUACCACAUACUCAGUUUGUUCAGGCCGCGGGUGAAUGACAAGUGUUACAUUAGACACACAGGAAACAAAAUUUCGAAAGACUAUUUUAUAUUAUGCUGUAGAAUUAAUUAAUACUUAUAGAAUCAGAACAGCACUGGUUUUUGUACAUAACUGCCAUGUAUUUCGCAUUUGCUACGAAAUGUCUUGUACGUUAAUAAUAGGCUAAAUUGUAAAUGCUUAUCAGAAAAUGAUUAUAAUCAAUUUACAUGACAAAUUAUAAUGUUAUAUUAUUCAGUUCACUAUUUAUUUUGAAUAUCUGUUGUUUUACUGACUUUCUAUCUUUCACUUGAUUUGUGUAUUGGAAUAACUUCAUUUUGGAGUAAAGAAAAGCUGUAAAGUAGCCAAAACACUAAAUUUUCUAUGUGGAAUUGUGUGCGAUCAUAAGAGUGUUGUAGACCCAUACUUUUUAUGGUGAUAUAUGAAUAAUUAUUGUAAUAAAGAGCCAUUGAAAAACAAA